AUGGAGUCCUCACAACACACCAACGGCGAACUCGCUCAUGGGUUCGAAAAUCUUGUCUGCGUAAGAUGCAAUGAUGGCUUUUCUCUUCAAGACCAAAUUGUGAAUUCGUCGGGCCAAGUUUGGCACUCGGAAUGUUUUGUGUGUGCACAGUGUUUUGAGCCGUUUCCUGAUGGGAUUUACUUUGAAUUUGAAGGCAGGAAGUAUUGUGAACACGAUUUUCACGUUUUAUAUGCACCAUGUUGUGGAAAAUGCAAUGAGUUCAUCGUCGGCCGCGUUAUCAAGGCGAUGAAUGCGAGUUGGCAUCCGGAUUGCUUCCGUUGUGAACUCUGCUCGAAAGCUUUAGCUGAUGUAGGAUUUCUCAGAAACGCUGGAAGGGCACUGUGUCGCGAGUGCAACGAGAGAGAGAAGGCGGCCGGCUCGGGCCGAUACGUCUGCCACCGAUGCCACGCGAUGAUCGAGGACGGACAGCAUAUCAAAUUCCGCGGCGAUUCAUUCCAUCCAUACCAUUUCAAGUGCAAACGUUGCAAUAAUGAGCUGACUGUGCAAUCUCGUGAAGUUGGUGGAGAAUUGUAUUGUUUGCGAUGUCACGACACUAUGGGUAUUCCUAUUUGUGGAGCAUGUCAUCGACCAGUCGAAGAAAGGGUAGUGACGGCUCUAGGAAAAAAUUGGCAUGUUGAGCACUUUGUCUGCUAUGUGUGCGAGAAGCCGUUCCUUGGUCAUCGGCACUAUGAACGAAAAGGAUUGGCGUAUUGCGAACAGCAUUACCAUAAGCUUUAUGGAAAUGUCUGCUACAAAUGUGGAGAAGCAUGUGGUGGCGAAGUGUUCCAGGCGCUUCAGAAAAGUUGGUGCAUCAAGUGUUUUACAUGCUCCCUUUGUGACAAAAAAAUGGAUCACAGGACCAAAUUCUAUGAAUUCGAUAUGAAGCCGACAUGCAAGAGAUGUUAUGAUCGCUUUCCAAUGGAACUGAAGAAGAGGAUUUCGGAAAGUCUGAAAGACCGCGAAAUCGAAAACCAGCGGCGACGGUCCCAAAGCCCAUCCACGUUGAGGCAUACGUGA